AUGCCAUAUCACCGUCUUAAAGAUCUCAUAAAGGCCAUACGUGCCUGUAAGACUGCAGCUGAUGAAAGAGCUGUCAUCCAGAAAGAAUCGGCAGCUAUUCGUACUAGUUUCAAAGAAGAAAAUAAUGACGCUCGUCAUUCGAAUGUAGCUAAAUUACUUUAUAUACACAUGCUGGGUUAUCCUGCCCACUUUGGCCAAAUCGAAUGCUUAAAAUUGGUAGCAUCAAACCGAUUUGCGGAUAAAAGGCUGGGCUAUUUAGGAAUCAUGCUUUUAUUGGAUGAAAACCAAGAAGUGCUAACGUUGGUCACGAACUCUUUGAAAAACGAUAUGAACCAUUCCAAUAUGUAUAUUGUCGGUUUAGCGUUAUGCACUUUAGGAAAUAUAUCGUCUCCUGAAAUGGCGCGUGAUUUAUGUGCAGAAGUCGAAAAACUACUAGGUAGUUCAAAUGCAUACAUUCGGAAGAAGGCUGCUCUGUGCGCGAUGCGGAUUAUUCGUAAAGUUUCUGAUCUGCAGGAAAAUUUUUUGAGUAGAGCAAAAAAUAAUUUGAGUGACAGAAAUCAUGGCGUAUUAUUGACAGCAAUUACUCUUAUUAUUGAGAUGUGCUAUCAAAAUCCAGAAACUUUGCAAACUUUUCGCAAGGCAGUUCCAUUGUUGGUUAGACAUUUAAAAACACUGGUUUCAGCUGGAUUUUCACAAGAACAUGAUGUAACUGGCGUCACAGAUCCAUUUUUGCAAGUUAAAAUAUUGAGGCUCUUGCGAAUCUUAGGUAAAGGAGACGCUGAAGCAAGUGAAACAAUGAACGAUAUCCUUGCACAGGUUGCCACGAAUACUGAAUCGUCAAAAAAUGUUGGAAAUUCGAUAUUGUAUGAAACUGUACAAACUAUCAUGGAAAUUCAAUCUGAAAGUGGCCUUCGUGUUUUAGCCAUCAAUAUUCUUGGCAAAUUUUUGACAAACAGGGAUAAUAAUAUUAGAUAUGUCGCAUUGACCACGCUUAAUAAGACGGUAUCGAUAGACACAAACGCAGUUCAACGUCAUAGAAACAUUAUCCUCGACUGUUUGCGGGAUGGUGAUAUUUCCAUACGACGUCGUGCAUUGGAGCUUUCAUUUGCAUUAAUUAAUGAGUCAAAUGUUAGAGUGUUAACACGUGAGUUAUUGGCCUUCUUGGAAGUGGCCGAUAAUGAGUUCAAACAGGGAAUGACGACAAAAAUUUGCUUGGCUGCUGAUAGGUUCGCUCCCAAUAAACGAUGGCAUAUUGAUACAGUAUUACGUGUUUUGAAACUGGCUGGGAAUUACGUUCGUGAGGAAAUUUUAUCAAAUUUUAUUCGCCUGGUUGCGCAGACGACCGAAUUAAAUGCAUACACAGCCCAAAAGUUAUAUGCAGCAUUGAAAUCUGACAUUUCACAAGAAUCAUUAACUUUAGCUGGUGUAUGGGUAGUUGGAGAAUACGGUGAUAUAUUGAUAAAAGGCGGCAACUUUGAAGAAGAAGAGCUUGUUAAGGAGGUUACUGAAUCGGAUGUUAUUGAUCUCCUGGAAUCAAUUCUCGCUGGACCCUACGCUAACCAAGUUACUCGGGAAUAUGUUCUUACCGCGCUUAUGAAACUGACUUCUCGAUUCACGUCAAUAUCGUCCAUUCAACGUAUUCAAGCUUAUAUUGAAAAAUAUAAUACCAGCAUUGAAGUGGAAAUUCAACAACGUGCUGUUGAAUAUGGCAAUUUAUUUAAAGUUGAAACGAUCCGGCCGGCAGUUUUGGAGCGAAUGCCGAUUCCUGAAGUCAAGGAAGAGGUUAUUCGUCCAACUGGAGAUACAGGUUUACUCUUAGAAGACAUUGGUGCUAAUAGUUCAAAUAGUGGCAUAGAUUCUCUUGUAGAUUUUGGUGGAAAUGAUUCAACUCAAUCUAAAAAGCACGCUCCAGAGAACAAUAAACCUCCUGUAGACAUUCUUGCUGACAUAUUUGGUAGUGAAUCUGCAGAAACAACCCCUCCUGUAGCUGUUGAACCACAAAAUGUAAAACAUGAUAUCAUUAGUCUAUUCAACUCUGAAUCGACCACCACUCCAGUCACACCUGUACAAAAUAUACACCAAACAACUUCUUUAGAUAGCUUGGGCUUAUUAGGACUUGGAGGAACAGAAGUUUCAUCUCCGCCUUCGACUACAGCUACGGAUCAAUACGUAGCGUAUAAUAAAAACGGGUUUAAAAUUAGUUUAAAUCCUUCUAAAGACACAAACAACCCUAAUAUUCUCAACAUUGAGGUUACUUUUCUCAAUAUCGGUGUAGGUGCAACAGUACAAAACCUUUUAUUCCAGGCGGCCGUUCCAAAGACUCAAAAACUACAAAUGCAACCACCUUCAUCGACAACUAUUUUACCUGGUGCUACAGCACAACAAAUAAUUCGUGUUGCCAAUCCUCAAAAGUCGAACGUUAGAUUACGGCUUAGGAUCGUAUAUUCUACUCCUACAGGUGCCAAAGUAGAUGAGAUUUCCGAAUUUAGUGGAUUUCCACAAGAAUUUUGGUAA